AUGAAGUUGAGCCGCCAGUUCACCGUGUUCGGCAGCGCGAUCUUCUGUGUGGUCAUCUUCUCGCUCUACCUGAUGCUGGACCGGGGUCACUUGGACUACCCCAAGGGCCAGCGCCGCGAGGGCUCCUUCCCCCAGGGCCAGCUCUCAAUGUUACAAGAAAAAAUAGACCAUUUGGAGCGUUUGCUAGCUGAGAAUAAUGAGAUCAUCUCAAAUAUUAGAGAUUCGGUCAUCAAUUUGAGUGAGUCUGUGGAGGAUGGGCCAAAAAGUUCACAAGGCAAUUUCAGCCAACGUGCUGGCUCACCUUUUCUGCCAUCGAAAAAGUCCCUCACAGUUGACCCUGAAGACUGUCUAUUUGCUUCACAAAGCGGAAGUCAUAAUGCAGAUGUGCAGAUGUUGGAUGUUUACAGUUUAAUUCCUUUUGACAAUCCAGAUGGUGGUGUUUGGAAACAAGGAUUUGACAUUACCUAUAAACUUAAUGACUGGGACACUAAGCCCCUUCAAGUCUUUGUGGUGCCUCAUUCCCAUAAUGAUCCAGGUUGGUUGAAGACUUUUGAUGACUACUUUAGAGAGAAGACUCAGUAUAUUUUUAAUAACAUGGUCAUCAAGCUGAAAGAAGACUCACGGAGGAAAUUUAUAUGGGCUGAGAUCUCUUACCUUUCAAAGUGGUGGGAUACUAUAGAUAGUCAAAAGAAGGAUGCUGUUAAAAGCUUAAUAGAUAAUGGUCAGUUAGAAAUUGUGACAGGUGGCUGGGUUAUGCCUGAUGAAGCUGCUGCACAUUAUUUUGCCAUAAUUGACCAACUAAUUGAAGGACAUCAGUGGCUGGAAAAGAAUUUAGGAGUGAAACCUCGGUCUGGUUGGUCUAUUGAUCCUUUCGGAAACUCACCAACAAUGGCUUAUCUUUUAAAACGUGCUGGAUUUUCUCACAUGCUUAUACAGAGAGUUCAUUACGCAGUUAAGAAGCAUUUUGCGCUGCAGAAAACACUGGAGUUUUUUUGGAGACAGAAUUGGGAUCUGGGAUCUGUCACAGAUAUUUUUUGCCACAUGAUGCCCUUCUACAGCUAUGACAUACCUCACACUUGUGGACCUGAUCCUAAAAUAUGCUGCCAGUUUGAUUUUAAACGGCUUCCUGGAGGCAGACUUGGUUGUCCCUGGGGAGUGCCCCCAGAAACAAUAAAUCUUGGAAAUGUCCAAAACAGGGCUGAGAUGCUUCUGGAUCAGUACCGAAAGAAGUCAAAACUUUUCCGCACCACAGUGCUCCUGGCCCCACUAGGAGAUGAUUUCCGCUAUGUUGAACGCACAGAAUGGGAUCAUCAGUUCAAGAAUUAUCAGAUGCUUUUUGAUUAUAUGAAUUCACAACCUCAGUAUAAUGUUAAGAUACAGUUUGGAACUUUAUCAGAUUACUUUGAUGCCCUGGAUAAAGAAGAUGCAACUAGUAGAACAAAUAGCCAGUCACUGUUCCCUAUUCUAAGUGGAGAUUUUUUCACUUAUGCUGACCGAGAUGAUCAUUACUGGAGUGGCUACUUUACAUCCAGACCUUUUUACAAACGAAUGGAUAGAAUAUUGGAAUCCCACUUAAGGGCUGCUGAAAUUCUUUACUAUUUCGCCCUAAAACAAGCUCAGAUAUACAAGAUCAGUGCAUUUCUUUCAUCAUCCUCUUAUACGACGCUUACAGAAGCCAGAAGGAACUUGGGACUGUUUCAACAUCAUGAUGCUAUCACAGGAACUGCGAAAGAUUGGGUGGUUGUGGAUUAUGGUACCAGACUCUUUCAUUCAUUAAUGAAUUUGAAGAAGAUAAUUGGAUCUUCCACACUACUACUUCUUUUGAAGGACAAACACUCAUAUGAAUCAUACUCUAUUGAUACCCUCCUAGACAUGGAUUUGAAACAAAAAUCACAAGGUUCCUUGCCACAAAAAAAUGUAAUAAAGCUGAGUGCUGAGCCACGGUAUCUUGUGGUCUAUAAUCCUUCAGAGCAAGAACGAACCUCACUGGUCUCAGUUUAUGUGAGUUCCCCCACAGUAAAAGUGUCCUCUGCUUCGGGGAAGCCUGUGAAAGUUCAAAUGAGUGCGGUUUGGAAUACAGCCAGUACUAUUUCACAAACAGCUUAUGAGAUCUCUUUUCUAGCACAGAUGCCACCAUUGGGACUGCAAGUGUACACACUUUUGGAAUCAUCGAAUUCAUAUCCACAUGUAGCUGAAUAUGCCCUGUAUAAUGGUAACAUAGAAAAUAAAAGCAUUUUCAAUGUGAAGAAUAUGAAAAAUGCUGAAGAAAUAACUUUGGAGAACUCUUUUAUUAAGCUUCAGUUUGGUCAAUCUGGGCUUAUGGAGGAAAUGAUAAAUAAAGAAGAUGGUGAAACUCGUAAGGUAAAAGUCCAAUUUUCAUGGUAUGGAACCACAAAUAAAAAGGACAAGAGUGGUGCCUACCUCUUCUUGCCUGAUGGGGAAGCCAAACCUUAUGUUUAUACAACCCAACCCCUUGUCAGAGUACAACGUGGAAGGUUUUAUUCGGACGUAACUUGCUUUUUUGAACAUGUUACCCAUAGUGUCCGACUGUACAACAUACAGGGGAUAGAAGGACAGUCUGUGGAAGUUUCCAAUAUUGUGGACAUCCGAAAAGAAUAUAACCGUGAGAUUGCAAUGAGAAUUUCUUCUAACAUAAACAGCCAAAAUAGAUUUUAUACAGACCUAAAUGGAUACCAGAUUCAACCUAGAAUGACAAUGAACAAGUUGCCUCUUCAAGCAAAUGUGUAUCCGAUGACCACAAUGGCUUAUAUCCAAGACACCCAGCACCGCUUGACCCUGCUCUCUGCUCAGUCUUUAGGUGUAGCAAGUUUGGAAAAUGGUCAGAUUGAAGUUAUCAUGGAUCGGAGACUCAUGCAAGAUGAUAAUCGUGGGCUUGAGCAAGGUGUCCAUGACAACAAGAUUACAGCUAAUUUAUUUCGAAUACUACUAGAAAAAAGAACCGUUGUGAAUAUGGAAGAAGAAAAGAAGGCAGUCAGUUAUCCUUCCCUUCUUAGCCACAUAACUUCUUCUUUCCUGAAUCAUCCUGUCUUUACAAUGACAGAGAAGAGCCCCGUGCCCAACCUUCAGCUGCUGGGUGAAUUCUCCCCGCUACUGUCAUCCCUGCCUUGUGACAUUCAUCUGGUUAAUCUGAGGACAAUACAAUCAAAGGUAGACGGCAAGCAUUCCGAUGAGGCGGCCUUAAUCCUCCACAGGAAGGGCUUUGAUUGCCGCUUCUCCAUCAGAGACACUGGGCUGCUUUGUUCCACUACCCAGGGAAAGAUCUUGAUACAGAAACUUUUUAAUAAGUUUACUGUUGCAAAUCUCGUACCUUCAUCAUUAUCCUUGAUGCAUUCACCUUCAGACGUCCGAAAUAUAAGUGAGAUCAACUUGAGGCCCAUGGAAAUCAGCACAUUUCGAAUCCAGUUGAGGUGA